AUGAAUAUCGAACCUCGCAGAAAUGUUAAGGAAAGGCUCCCAAUCCACUAAAACUUCAUUGAACCUCAUAAUUACUAACCAUUAUUCAAAAGUCCUGUGAGCACUCGUUCAAGAUAACAAAGACCAUCCAAAUUGCCUUCAUUCAAAAUGCCUAGUGGAUAAUAGGUCUCAAUUGCUGUAUCACCACCCGUAUCUCCUUAAUGGAGGACUCGCAAUAUGAGUCGUGCAGAAUCAAGAAUGCUCAAUGUAAGUCCGCCUCAAGUACUUUAAAGUCCAAAAUAUGUGAUCUAGAUGUCAAUCUUUAAUGAAAAUUUAUUAUAAAAAGCAUUACAGAGAAAGAACAAUGAAACUGGAAUGAUAAAAUAACUUGUGUAAACGCCUUAGAAAAUGCUUCAUUAACAAUCCUUAAUUAGAGAAGAUCUAAAUAAAGCUAGUUUUAAAUUCUUAUUUGUACUUGGAAAAGGAGGAUUUGGAAAAGUGUGGAGAGUGGAACUCUGCAAAACUAGAAAGUAAUACGCAAUGAAAGAGAUGAGUAAGGCGAGAAUCUUGUCAAAAAAAUCUGUCCAUUCAGUCUUGAAUGAAAAGAUUCUUCUUAGCAAACUUAGACAUUCGUUUAUUGCCAAUAUUCACUUUGCAUUUUAAGAUCGAGAUCACCUUCACUUGGUGAUGGAUUUAUUAACAGGAGGCGAUUUGAGGUACCAUAUAGGAGUGAAUCGCCGUUUUACAGAAUGGCAAACAAAAUUCGUCAUAGCUUGUUUAUUAUUGAGUUUAGAGUAUCUGCAAAACAAUAACAUUAUUCAUAGAGAUAUUAAACCUGAGAAUGUAGUGUUUGACAAGAAGGGAUAUCCAAGAUUAACAGAUUUUGGCAUAGCUAGAGUUCUGAAGCCAGAGAACAGUUAAGAAACAAGUGGCACUCCAGGAUAUAUGGCCCCAGAGGUGAUGUGUAGACAGAAUCAUGGAAUAGGGGUUGAUCAUUUCGCUUUGGGAGUUAUGAUCCACGAAUUCAUGCUUGGAAAAAGACCUUACGUUGGGAGAUCUCGAAAGGAAAUCAAAGAGAUGAUGUUAACUAAGUAAGUGAAUAUCAAAAGGCAGGAUGGCUGGAGUAGCGACAGUGCAGAUAUUUGUAAUCAAUUAUUACAGAGAAAACAAUAACACAGAUUAGGGUUUGAUGGGGUUUAAUCCAUUAAGAAACACUCUUGGUUUUAGCAUGUUAACUGGCAGAGUCUGAUUGAUAAGACCAUGCCUUCUCCUUUUAGUGAACUGGCCUAUUCUGAAGAUAAGGACUUUAAAAGGUAGAUUUCUUCGGACCAUGACUCUGAAGACUCUCUGAUCUAGGAGAAUGCGGGUGCUUUGAGGAGGAAUUCUAUUCAAGAUAUGUUCAAGGAUUAUGAGUACAAUGAUCGUGGAGUGACUGGGAGCACUAAUUCGACUCAAAUUUAAUGA